CUUUACCCCUACAGUGAGAGAGAGAGAGAGAGAGAGAGAGAGAGAGUUCAUUCCAAACAGCUGGACUCCCAUUCAAGGUUUUGGCCUCUUUUGGAAAUUGGUUUUCCUUUUCUGAAAAAGUUCACACUUGCUCUUUUUUCCUUCCUUCUCGUGGACACUGAAUCGCUCGUGAUGGCAAACAAAGGCUGCACCUACGAGGAGUGCGAGGCCACGGCUGAUUGGCUGCUGGCCCGGACGGACGUGCGCCCCACUGUGGGCAUCGUGUGCGGCUCGGGGCUCGGCGGGCUGGCCGACAUGCUGAAGGACCAGGUGGCCUUCGACUACAAGGACAUCCCCAACUUUCCACAGAGCACCGUGCACGGACACGCCGGCCGGCUGGUGUUCGGCACCUUGAAGGAGAAGCCGUGCGUUUGCAUGCAGGGCCGCUUCCACCUGUACGAGGGCUACCCGAUCCAGAAGGUCACGCUGCCCGUACGCAUCUUCAAGCUGCUCGGCGUGGAGACGCUGGUGCUGACCAACGCCGCCGGGGGCCUCAACCAGGACUUCAAAGUCGGGGACAUCAUGAUCAUCAAAGACCACCUCAACUUGCCGGGCUUCGCCGGCGUCAACCCGCUGUGCGGACCCAACGACGAGAGGUUCGGCGUGCGGUUCCCCUGCAUGUCGGACGCCUACGACCGAGCGCUGCAGCAGAUGGCCAUGCACGUGGGACAGGAACUGGGCUACGGAGACUUCCUGAAGGAGGGGGUGUACUGCGUGCUGGGCGGACCGUCCUUCGAGACCAUCGCCGAGUCCCGCAUGUUGCACCGACUGGGCGCCGACGCGGUCGGCAUGAGCACGGUGCACGAGGUGAUCGUGGCGCGCCACUGCGGCAUGCGCGUCUUCGCGUUCUCGUUGAUCACCAACCAGGCCGUGAUGGACUACGGCAGCGAGGCCAAGGCCAACCACGAGGAGGUCCUGGAGACGGGCAGCCGGCGGGCGGCGCAGCUGGAGCGGCUGGUGUCCGCCAUUGUGACCAAGAUGGAGCUCAACAACAACAACUACGCCCGAGUAGGACGACCGAGGGAUGCUGGCGUGCCGAAGAAAACCCCCCCCAACGAGUCCAUGGCGUAGGCGAGCGGUUGGGCUUUCAGGUCAAAAGAAUUAAUCCGACCAAGAGAUCUCAAAAAUACAACCUUUUGUUUUGGUGUUGUUGUGCUUUUUGUGACGUCUGGCAAUACGCAAUCAAGACGUUUUUGUUCUAACUUAUAACGUGAUCAGCUUGUGUAAAUGUCGAUUUAACUUAAAAAUGAACAAAAGAAUCUACUGUAAAAUUCCUAAUUUUGUGAUGUUGUUGAGAUGUGUACACUGUACAUUAUUUGACAGAAGGUAUCUUACAGUGCUUGUU